AUGCUUCAUAAACUAGAGGGUGUUCUGGAAUCAAGCAGCAUUCUGAAACAAGGGGGAGAUCAGCCUAAGAAGACUGUAGUGAAGCUAAUUGUCAAAAGCGAAUCCGAGCCUAAGUACAAAUCAAAUCUAUUUUCUGAAGCACCAAAUGUUGAUAACAGUGAGGAUGAAGAUAUUGAUGAAGACGAACUCAAAAAGAGAAAGGCUCGUGAGGCAAAAUUGGAUGAACAUCAAAGGAUUGUGCGAAAGGCUGAAGCUAAGGAAAAGGCAGAGAAAGAAGCUCAGCAUAUAAAGCCACAGUAUGAAAUGUGGAGUUCUUCCAAGAUUACUGCAGUGAAGGUCAUUGGUCCUAUCAAAACCGAAAGCUUCCCAAAUGCGAAGUUCAAGUUGGUGAAAGGUUCGACUAGUCGGGUUCAUGAAUUCACCCUCGCAGACCUGACUUGUCUCAACCCAUACAACUGGAUCAUGUUUUACAACUUAUUGUCAAGAGACAAACAAAAGUACGAGCCCGUUAUCGCUCACCUCAAGCUGAUGAUUAUUUCGUAUAUUCAAGAGGUGGGAAAAUGGAUGUGGAGAUAG